UUCAGCGGUGUUGACAUGUCGGCAUGGAUCCCAACUACGAAGCAUCAAAACUAUCUAGAUGCAUUGCGCUGGAAAUCGCAGAGAAACCAGGCUGAACGGGCCAAUGCAGUGCGCGAAACGGGUAAUCGCUGGUCCGCCCUUCAUGAAUUGCGGUACUUUGAUGUGAUUUGA